CUUCAGACAGUAGGCAGGAGCCAGGCAGAGACCAGGGAUUCUUGGAACAUCUUUCUUCCUUUUGGAGGACACUAAGUUCUGUUUGAAGACAAAGGCAGUUCAGUAUGGCAGCAGGACUGAAGGGACACGAAGGAGUUGUUACAGUGAUUUGGUGACAGUUCUUCAAACAACAGUGUCUUAAGGAAAGGUGGAUCGAGAAACUCCUGAACUUUUGGGUUGCGUUAAGUGAGAAAUCAGCAUGGCUCAGGCAAGUCUCCUGGCUUGUGAAGGCCUAGCAGGUGUGAGUUUGGUUCCCACUGCAGCCAGCAAGAAGAUUAUGCUGAGCCAGACUGCCAGCAAGCAGGCCGAGAAUGGAGAGCGGGCAGGUAGCCCUGAUAUGCUGAGGUGCUCGAGUCAGAGCCACUGAAAAGACAGCGAUAAGUCCUGGAGCCGCAAAGACGAUGACAGCUUGGCUGAGGCAUCUCAUUCAAAAAAGACUGUUAAAAAUGUGGUGGUAGUGGAACAAAAUGGUUCUUUUCAAGUAAAGAUUCCCAAAAAUUUUGUUUGUGAACACUGCUUUGGAGCCUUUAGGAGCAGUUACCACCUCAAGAGGCACAUCCUUAUUCAAACUGGUGAGAAGCCAUUUGAGUGUGACAUUUGUGAUAUGCGCUUCAUCCAGAAGUACCACCUGGAGCGUCACGAGCGUGUACACAGUGGGGAAAAGCCUUACCAGUGUGAACGGUGUCAUCAGUGUUUUUCUCGGACAGAUCGAUUACUCAGACACAAACGGAUGUGCCAAGGGUGCCAGUCCAAGACUUCCGACGGGCAGUUUUCUCUAUAGGCGCA